CACGAGUACAAAUACAGCUAAGGCUUUAAUUGUCUGUGUCAACUCGUACUUUAAAGCUUUAAACAACGCUUAAAGUGAUUAGUGUCCCAGCCUGUCAGUCAAGACUCUGUAGUCAAGCUCGGUUGGAUGUGCAGAGCUUUUCCACGUCAGUGUGUUUACUGAGGGACUGACAGCUGCAGGAAGCUUCACUUUAUUCACUAAUGCAGCGCUUCAUGACGGCUGAAUGAAUACGCGCUGUUUGGAAAUAUCACGUCCUCACGCAGUGGAAUGUCCGCUAAUGUCACUUUGUCUGUUUUAUCGCAGUGAAUUGAACUUCGGUCUUCUUCAGUCACUGUUGGCCGGCUAGCCUGCUAGCUUGCCGAGCUAGGCUAGCUAGCAUUAACUAACGUUACAGCUUGACUCCAUCUUUGAAAUAGAAGCCAUAAACAGAAAGCAGCAUGGUGGACAAGAAUAUCUACAUCGUCCAGGGUGAAAUCGGUACCGUAGUCGGGGCCAUCAAGAGGAACUCCAGAUGGAACACUCACACUCCACUGGACGAAGAACAAGACCCACUGCUGAACAGCUUUGGCCUGCUCAAGGAAACACUCAACAGCAUAAAAGAACUGUCAGAUGUUGAACCCAACGUUUUCCUGAGGCCCUUUCUAGAAGUGGUCCGCUCUGAGGACACCACGGGACCCAUCACUGGCCUCGCCCUUACCUCUGUCAACAAGUUCCUCUCGUAUGGCCUUAUAGAUGCUAACCAUGAAGCAGCAGCCGAGGCCAUCGAGAACAUGGCAGACGCAGUCACACACGCCAGAUUUGUGGGAACAGACCCUGCCAGUGAUGAAGUGGUGCUUAUGAAAAUUCUGCAGGUCCUGAGGACUCUGCUGCUGACACCAGUCGGAGCCCAUCUGACCAACGAGUCUGUCUGUGAGAUCAUGCAGUCCUGUUUCCGGAUCUGCUUUGAGAUGCGCCUCAGUGAGCUCCUCAGGAAAUCAGCUGAACAUACACUAGUUGAUAUGGUGCAGCUACUGUUCUCCAGAAUACCCCAGUUCAAAGAGGAGGCAAAGAAUUAUGUGGGUGCCAACAUGAAGAAGUUGAAGAUGCGUGCUGGCGGGAUGAGCGAGUCAUCUAAAUGGAAGAAGCAGAAACGCUCGCCAAAGCCACCUCGCCACAUGGUCCGAAGUCCCUCUGGUCAGAUGGAUCCAACCGCCCUCAGCAACAACUUAUCUGGUGGUGUCCCAUUCAUUGAACAGGGCUCAUCCACCUCUACCUUACCAGCUUCAGACAGUGCUGGCUCGUCCAUCUCCAGCCCUUCAACCACAGACAGCGGUCUGGACACCUGUUCCAAGGCCACCUCCAGGGAAGACCUUUCUGACCUGGAACAGUGUAGCUCAUCUGCAACCACGCCAAGCACGGCUACCGCAACCCCCCGGACUGAGCCUGGCUCUCCAGAUGCACAGCCUGAGGGCAGACAGGUUGAACCAACCCAGUCAGCCUCAGUGGAGUCCAUACCUGAGGUUCUGGAGGACAAAGAAUCCAUCGCAGAACAGUCAGACAACACCUCUGUUCAUGACAUGGACUACGUCAACCCCAGAGGAGUCCGUUUCACACAGUCCACACAAAGAGACGGAGCAUCCCUCAUCCCCUACGGUCUUCCAUGUCUAAGGGAGCUUUUCCGCUUUCUGAUCUCACUGACCAACCCCCAUGACCGCCACAACACUGAUGCCAUGAUGCACAUGGGCCUGCAGCUGCUGACUGUAGCACUGGAAUCUGCACACAUUUCUAACUACCAGUCUUUGCUAGGACUGGUCAAAGAUGAGCUGUGCAGACAUCUCUUCCAGUUGCUGUGUGUGGACCGUAUGAACCUCUAUGCUUCCUCCAUACGAGUUUGCUUCUUGCUUUUUGAAAGCAUGAGAAUGCAUCUGAAGUUUCAGCUCGAGAUGUACCUAAAGAAACUGAUGGACAUCAUCACAUCAGAGAAUAUUAAGAUGCCCUAUGAAAUGAAGGAAAUGGCUCUGGAGGCACUGGUCCAGCUGUGGAGGAUCCCCAGCUUUGUCACUGAGCUGUACAUCAACUAUGACUCUGACUUCUACUGCUCCAAUCUGUUUGAAGACCUCACCAAGCUACUGUCAAAGAAUGCCUUCCCAGUGUCAGGGCAGCUUUACACCACCCACCUCCUGUCACUAGAGGCUCUGCUGACAGUGAUUGACAGCACUGAGGCCCACUGCCAGGCCAAGGUGCUCAACAACACCACUCAGCAAGACCAGUCAGAAACACUGCUGGCGGAAGGAGAAGGUUCAACGAAAAACGAAACAGACACUACAAUUGAUCUUAAUAGAUUGGGCAAUACCAAUGGUCUUAGUCUUCCACAAGCUGAAAAUGCUCUGGUAUGCCCACCAACUAGUGGACAUUUGAUGGCAGAGAAGAUGAGACUUGGUAGACAGGAUCAAGGAGAUACGGACACUGGUGAGAAGAGAGUCCCGAAAAAGCCUCAGCGUUUCUCCUCAUACUUACCUGAUUCCCAAGAGUUGAUGGAAAUUAGAACAAAGAAAAAGCUGCUGAUCACAGGCACCGAGCAGUUUAACCAGAAGCCCAAGAAAGGAAUCCAGUUCCUGCAGGAGAAAGGCCUCCUCACUAACCCCAUGGACAACAACCAGGUGGCCCAGUGGCUCAAAGAAAACCCCCGCCUGGACAAAAAGAUGAUUGGCGAGUUCAUCAGCGAUCGCAAGCACAUGGAACUCCUGGACAGCUUUGUCAACACAUUUACCUUCCAGGGGCUUCGUAUUGAUGAGGCCCUUCGACUCUACCUAGAGGCGUUCAGGCUUCCUGGGGAAGCUCCAGUCAUUCAGAGACUCUUGGAAACGUUCACAGACAACUGGCAUAAAGUGAACGGCUCUCCUUUCAUGACCAAUGAUGCAGGCUUUGCCUUGGCCUACGCUGUCAUUAUGCUGAACACUGACCAGCAUAACCAUAAUGUUCGCAAACAAAAUAUCCCCAUGACCGUAGAGCAAUUCAAGAAGAAUUUGAAGGGAGUGAACGGAAACAAAGACUUUGACCAGGACAUGUUGGAGGAUAUCUAUAAUGCUAUCAAGAACGAGGAGAUUGUGAUGCCAGACGAGCAGACGGGUUUAGUCAAAGAGAACUAUGUAUGGAGUGUGCUGCUACACCGCGGUGCCACAACUGAGGGGGUUUUCCUCAACCUGCCACCCGGCAGCUACGACCAUGAUUUGUUCUCUAUGACCUGGGGUCCCACCAUUGCCGCCCUCUCCUACGUCUUCGACAAGAGUCUGGAUGACAACAUCAUCCAGAAGGCCAUCACUGGCUUCAGGAAAUGUGCCAUGAUAUCAGCUCACUAUGGCUUCAGUGACGUUUUCGACAACUUGAUCAUCUCCCUGUGCAAGUUCACCACUCUUAGCAGUGAGUCUGUGGAAAACCUUCCUACAGUGUUUGGCAGCAACAGUAAAGCGCAGACAGCAGCCAAGACAGUGUUUGACCUCGCCCAUCAGCACGGCAACAUCCUGAGGGAGGGCUGGAAGAACAUCAUGGACUCCAUGCUGCAGCUGUUCAGGGCCGAGCUCCUGCCCAAAGCCAUGGUCGAGGUGGAGGAUUUUGUGGAGCCGAAUGGGAAAAUUUCUCUUCAAAGAGAGGAAACACCUUCAAAUCGCGGUGAGUCGGCAGUGUUGAGUUUUGUCAACUGGCUGACCCUGAGUGGAGCUGAGCAGUCAGGACUCAGAGGACCGUCCAUGGAAAACCAGGAGGCCAAACAGGCUGCCAUCCUAUGUAUAAAGCAAUGUGACCCAGAGAAGCUGAUCACAGAGAGUAAAUUUCUACAGCUGGAGUCUCUACAGGAACUAAUGAAGGCUCUGAUAUCAGUCACCCCUGAUGAAGAGACAUAUGAUGAAGAGGACGCUGCCUUCUGCUUAGAGAUGUUGCUGCGUAUUGUUCUGGAGAACAGAGACCGCGUGUCAUGCGUGUGGCAGACAGUGCGCGAUCACCUCUGCCACCUCUGCGUCCACGCUAACGAGAGCUGCUUCCUGGUGGAGAGAGCUGUGGUGGGACUGCUUCGACUCGCCAUCCGUCUGCUGCGACGAGAAGACAUCAGUUCACAGGUGCUCCUCUCCCUGCGUCGCCUGCUGAUGAUGAAACCACAGGUCUUGUCCCGGGUCAGCAGGGACGUGGCCUACGGCCUCCAUGAACUGCUGAAAACUAAUGCGGCUAACAUCCACUGCACAGAUGACUGGUACACACUGUUCUCCCUGCUGGAGUGCAUCGGUGCCGGAGUCAAACCUCCCGCUUCUUUCCAGCUCGCUUCCACCAGCAACGACAUCGACACAGGUGCUCAGUCAGACAGUGAGCUGCCCUCCCACCAUCCCAGUGAAGUGAGCUUAGACCGCGGCUACACGUCUGACUCUGAGGUUUACACUGAACACAGCAAGGCCAGGAUCCCCCGAUCAACUACAGACGUGGAUGUAGCAAGCAGUGGAUGGCUUGUGGUUGGUAAAGAUGACCUGGAAACGAGUAAGAUCCCUGCAUUAAACUCUAAAGCUCAGCUCAAUCACCCACUGGUCAACCAGUACAGCCUGACACUGGGUCAGGAUCUGGGUCAGCACGACACAAAGUCUCUCAUCAAGUGUGUGGAAACGCUAUCUUUCAUCGUCCGAGACGCCGCCCACGUCACCCCUGACAACUUUGAGCUGUGUGUCAGAGCCAUCCGAGUGUUUGUGGAGGCCAGCCUCAACGGAGGCUACCGCAACCACGACAAGAAGAAGAGCCACAAGUACGACUCUUCCAAAUCCCGCAUGAGGAGAAAGGUGGGGGGCAGGGAGAAGGAGGGUGGAGGAGGCACGAGGCGAGGUGGUGGCCGCGUGUCCAGCCAGCGUCUGUCACGUUCCCAUAGCGACGACGAGGAGGAUGAAGGUGUCCCGGCCAGCUACCACACGGUGUCAUUACAGGUUAGUCAGGACCUGUUAGACCUGAUGCACACACUGCACACCCGGGCUGCCAAUAUCUACAGCUCCUGGGCAGAGGAACAGCGCCAUCUGGAGGCUGCAGGCAGGAAGAUCGAGGCAGAUUCCCAGACUCUGUGGACCAGCUGCUGGUGCCCACUGCUGCAAGGCAUUGCUUGGCUGUGCUGUGAUGCCAGACGACAGGUCCGUAUGCAGGCGCUCACCUACCUGCAGAGAGCUCUGCUGGUCCACGAUCUGCAGACACUAGACGCCACCGAGUGGGAGUCCUGCUUCAAUAAGGUGCUUUUCCCCCUGCUGACUAAGCUGCUUGACAACAUCAGUCCUGCAGAUGUGGGUGGUAUGGAGGAGACCAGAAUGAGAGCCUGCACACUCCUGUCAAAGGUUUUCCUCCAACACCUCUCACCUUUGUUGUCCCUGCCUACCUUCGCCGCCCUUUGGCUCACCAUCCUUGAUUUCAUGGACAAGUACAUGCAUGCAGGAUCCAGUGACCUACUGUUGGAGGCGAUCCCUGAGUCCCUGAAGAACAUGCUUCUGGUGAUGGACACAGCGGGGAUCUUCCAUAGUGCAGACUCCAGGACAGGAUACUCUGACCUGUGGGAAAUCACCUGGGAACGAAUUGUCUGCUUCCUGCCUAACCUGAGAGAGGAGCUCUUCAAACAGACUGUCAUAGCAGAUCCAGCACCUAGUCCUCCAGCGGAGCCUGUGCAGCCAACGACCCCAGCAGGCCGGCCUCCCUCUCCCCAGGCGUCACCACCACCCGCCCACCCGCCCUCACCAGUCCCUGUCCCAGUAAGCCCAGCAGAGUCACAGACCCCCAGCAGGCCAGCAUCGCCCCAGGAGCCCCAACCAGCCAGUGCCAACGGAUCAGAUCAGUCGUCUCCGGCCCCCACGUCCAUGACCCCCAUGCCUGUUCCGUUAACAACAUCUCCAGCCCAGGCUCCUUCUUCCCUGAGCCAGUCCCCUCUCAUCCUGCAGCCCCUCGCUUCUCCUCUCCAAGUGGGGGUCCCGCCCAUGUCCCUGCCUAUCAUCCUGAACCCCGCCCUCAUCGAGGCCACAUCCCCAGUACCGCUGCUUCCUGGUCCCAGACCCACAAGCGCCUCUGAUGAGGUCAAGUAACAGAACUGCAGCUCCUGUAAAAACCUCCGCUCAAUACAACACCAACAGACCACGUCCCCUUUUUAAAGGAACAGUGUGUAAGAUUUAGAGGAUCUAUUGGCAGAAAUGGAAUAUAAUAUUAUUAAGUAUGUUUUAAUUAGUGUGUAAUCCCAUGAAAAUAAGAAGCGUUGUGUUUUAGAAUGAGUCCUACACACCUCUAUAUCAUUCAGCAACCUCAGUGCUCAUCCAAUCAAUUCUACACACUGCUCCUUUAACUGCCGGACCCAAUAACAAAUAAUUACACAUGAUACCUUCAUUAUACCACAUUUGAUUUAAAGGAAAAAUACACUCAAACAUGUCACACUGUGAAAAACAACCAUUAUGAUGACGAUGAUGAUGAUGAUGAUGAUGAUGAUGAUGAUGAUGAUGAUGCACCUUGCGUACGUUAUGCCAUUUAUUCUGUUAUAUAUUGUGGAUCAGUGUGAUGUCAUGUCCACACUUUUAGGCGCAGAGAAUGGAGCGUAGAAGUUACUGAAAAUCAUUCCAGGAAAAAUAUGAAGAGCGAGUGAGUGGGUCUAAUGAAAGUUGAAUAACAGCCAGAUCACUGAGGUCCUGCCCUCCUCUUUUUCUUUUUCUACACACAGUGAGAAUUGGACAGAAUUUGUAGACAUACUACAUUUAAAUGAGACUCUUUCUAGGUCCACAUGUUAAAAUAUGAGGAAGGUGUAAGGACAGAUUUAAAGGAUAAGUCUGGUGUUUUCUGUCCUAUUAUUAUUGUCAGUCAAAUGUACAGAACCAAACCAACAAUGUGAUGUCGGCUCUACUGAAAACACAAAAUAUAGUUUCAUUUAAAAAAUCAAAACAGAAAAAAACUUUAUUCAUUUGUUGUGAAAUAGUUUAUUUGUUUGGGACUAUUUUCAGCUGGUCUAGUGAGUAUUUUUGGCAACAGGAAUGUGUGUGUGUGUGUGUGUGUGUGUGUGUGUGUGUGUGUGUGUGUGUGUGUGUGUGUGUGUGUGUGUGUGUGUGUGUGUGUGUGUGUGUGUGUGUGUGUGUGUGUGUGUGUGUGUGUGUAAAUCAGUACGUUAUUAGUUUGGGUCUUUACAAUGGUUCAUCACCAGACUGAUCCUUUAACAUCAUUUACAUUCUGUAAGGACAUUAUGUUUACAGAAAAUGAUGUACGACAAACUGAAAAAAAAUUAUAAAUAAUUUAAGUCUAGAUCAAAUUUCCCAUGUUGGGCAUUUAGUUUUGGGGGGGGGGGGGGGGGGGGGGGGGGUGAGGACUCGUGACCUGGUUGAUCAAGUCUAACAGUGUCAGAAUGUGAGAGUGCAGUUAUUCCUAAAAUAGUCAACAUCAGGUUCAUGUAUUGAAAUGAGUCUGAUGUUGUAAAGUAAGCUGUGGUAUAAAACAGUAAAUAUACAUAACUGGAGUCUAGUCUACAUCUUUGUAGCAUCUCAUGGACUAGUUAGUUGGAAAUCAUUAUGAAGAAACACCUGCAGACUCCCUCCCUCCUCCUCCUCUUCUGCCUACUGUUUUUAAUUAGAUUAGACCAGGCUGACCUCAUGGCUUCACUCACACCACGGCCUGUGCUUCUUUAUUAAUCUACAGAUUUCAUGCAGGGACAGUAAAGAUCCACCUGAGUAAGUUAUUUGGAUUUUAGGUACUGCAUGUUGAUGAUGAAAUAGGACUUUUGGAGCUGUGACUUCAGUGGUGUCACAUCACACCACUGAAGGCUCAGCGUCUGAUUUAAAACUGUACAGAAAAACUAUUUUAUUUAUAUACAUGUGAUUUAUUUUUUCUUUCUUUUCUUUCAUAGAGGCCAAAUUCUUUUCUGUUCUGUAACAGACACAUGUGACGCUGUCUGUACUGUUCACUUCUACCUGUUUCUUUUCACUUCUACUCGAGCUUUUUGACCCCCGACAACAACAAACAAGCUUUAGUUUCGGGCACCUUAUGAACCCCCCCCCCCCCUCCCCUCCACUAAAAUGAAGAGGGAUUUAUGUUGUAGCCUUUCUCAGAGGGACUAAAGAUGUCACGUCUUCUAUAUUCCAAUCUGUAGAUAGUGGAGUGUGCGGUGAGCUCGCUGCGCUGUACAGGGGAGACUUAGAGAUUCAAAUAGUGACUUUUCUGGUGAAGUCUAACAUGAUUAAACGAGUGCAGUAUUGAUGUCAUUUUAUCAUGUUUCUCAUGUGGUUAGUGUAGCUCGCUGCGUACAACAUGACAUGAUUAGACCCCAGGGCCUGAGCAGCUCUUCAUCAUCUAAACUGAACAUUUAUGACUUAAAAAAGCAUCUAUCUGACUGUAUGUUAUCUCCACUGUUCAGUAGAUCAGUAUAAAUGGUGCAAUUACACAAACUGGAUCAUAAAGAUGCAGGAAACAUGUGAUAUACUGUGCAGAUGAUUUAUAAUCACACAAAAAAAAAGAGUUUCUCAGGAGGUUCAUACCCCUGUAUUAUUAGAUUAUUAAUUUAUUAGAUUUAAAUAUAAUAAAGAGAAACAACACAGCAUAGUGACAGCCGGUAUAAAUCUAGUAGAAUCAUCACAGCCAUAAACUGCAUGUUUAAUAUGGUGAGUUGUGAGUUUACAGACUGACAAACUGUUGUAUUGAUGUAUUUUUCAAGGUAAAAAACUAAAGUGUCUGAUAUUUCAAAGACUGAACUCAAAUUGGAAUAAACCUGAUUAAAAAAUGUAAGUCUUGAAUAUCCAACAGCACUGGCAGAUGAAUGCUCUGUGUUUGACUGACAGAAUCUAAACUGACAUUUUUUUUUUUUUCAUUUAACUUGAAUUUUUCUAUCAGAAUUGAAUUGAGCUGAAUAUGAACAACCAGAGUGUUGUUUUAUGAAUACUGGACAUUUGAAUCUUCUAUCAGAAUUUGUACAACAACAUCAACAACAACAACUAAGCAUAAAUCCAGUUUGUGAAAUUGCACCACUUGAAUUAUGACUCUAUAAAUGUCAAAGAAUUCAAAACACAUCAAUCCUCAUAGAAGUCAAAUAGUUAGCACUGUAAAUCUUUUACAGAAGCUAAAUCUCUCGAUAACUGCAGAUAUUCAGCUGAUUCUGUAGUUCAAAUUAUUACAGCCAUCAUUUCACUUCCAUAUAAAUCUGUGGCUACAUGCUGAUUGUGCCUCGUGUACGACCACAUGCACGCUCAUGAGACUAACUCACCGUUUUAAUGCCAAAUACGUCACACAGACUGUGCACGGACAGUUGAUUCAGAGCGGCCCUGGGAUUCUCUCACUGAUGUCUAAUGUUAUUUAUUGAGUGGGGAGAGAUGAUGGAUGAUGGAUGAUGGACGUCUCCACUGCGGUACAGCUGACACAGAUACAGUGUGUGUGUGUGUGUGUAUGUGUGUGUCAGACAUGUAACACUACAGCCUUAUAGAGCCACCAACACGAGACAGCCGUGAGAUUCAGACAUUUUGUAAGCUGUGUGUUCAGUUGUUGUACGGGACUCUCUUCCAUAUAUCAGGAGCUGAUUCUUGCUUGAACAGAAAAUUACAUGAAUAUAAUGUGUAUAUAUAAAUGAAAGGUAUUGUACUUUUUACAAUGUAAUAAAUAUAAUGUAAAGAAUG